AUGCCGAAUAAUAAAUCAUUUAGAGUUUCUAAUUAUCUUCAAAGUUAUAAAUAUUUUGAGAAAUAUCAGGAUGAAGUUAGGAGUAUUCUAACCUUUCGUGAUGAAAUUGUUAAAACUGCGACCUUGAAGCUAGAAAAUUUGCUUUCAGAAAAAUACGGUGGUGAAAUAAAACGCAAAUCGUUCAAUCGGACUUUGGUGGGUGUGCACAUCAGGCGUGGCGACUACCUGGGGAAAAAUAAACAGAAAUUCGGUUAUAAGGUAGCCACAAGAGAGUAUAUACAUAGCGCUAUGGACUAUAUGCGUAAUAAGUAUUCCAAUAUAACUUUCAUUGUGUGUUCAAUGGAUCUAAGAUGGACCAUAGACGUGGUUAGUGAUAUGAUAGACGUAAUUAUAGCGCCUGUUGGUUCAGGUAUAAUAGACAUGGCAUUAUUAUCCAUUAUGGACCAUACAAUUAUAACAGUUGGAACUUACGGAUUUUGGUCAGCUUGGCUCAAUAAAAACAACGGAACAGUAAUUUAUUACAAAGACUUUAUGGUACCAAACAGUUCCUAUGCAAGUGAAUUCGCCAAUCCAAAUACAGACACAUAUUAUCCUUACUGGAUAGGCAUGUAA